AUGAGAGAAGCGGAGAUAGGGAGGCUCUGGGCCGCCAACCUCCUCCGCCUCUGUUCGGUUGUCCUCAGCGCCGUCGUUCCGCCUUUCUUCUGGGACGGAUUCACCGUGCUGGCAACACACCUCGCCUGGCUCUGUGUUUGUUCCCUUUCUGUUAGUGCCCUUAACAUUGGCUUGCACUUGGUCCUGAAACCAAACCUGUCUCCCAAGAGAAGUUCCUUUGCUCACAAGAUAUCCAGAUUUCUAAAAUGCUGUAUAUACUUUUUCAUGUCUUGCAUACUGUUUCAUGCGAUUAUUGUUCUUUAUGGAGCACCUCUCAUAGAGUCAGUGACUGAGACAUUCUUGUUUGCAGUUCUCCUGUCUACCUUUACUACCUUACAAUGCUUGUGUAUGCUGGGACCAAACUUACAAGCAUGGAUACGGGUAUUUAGUAAAAAUGGAGCUAUGUCCAUCUGGGAAAGCAGUCUACAGAUUACUACCAUGUGCAGUAUCCUUGGAGCUUGGUUUGGAGCAUUUCCUAUUCCUCUUGAUUGGGAUCGGCCUUGGCAGGUAUGGCCCAUCUCCUGUUCCCUCGGAGCUACCUUUGGCUAUAUGGCUGGUCUGAUUAUUGCACCGCUGUGGAUACACUGGAACCGGAAGCAGCUUACAUACAAAAGCAGAUAACUGGAGCAAAGAGAGGCAAGAUAUGGGCUUCUCUUUCAUAUCAUUCAGCCUUGCCAGAGUUUUUGGGUCAUCACGAAGAUCAAUCUAGCAAGAAAGAUUGCAGUCAUGUUGGAAUACUUUUUCUAAACAAAAGUCAGCAGGCUAUAUGAUACCCUCUUUUUAAAGC